UCCUUCCCUUCCGCGGAAUAGAGGAAGAGCUUUUUUGAAUUUGCUUCUGGAGGCUGAAGCUUUUUAGAGUCGCUGGCUCUCUUCUCGGUUAACCGUGGGUCUCUAGGUAAAAAGAGGGCCUGCCUCAGUCUUUUAGUCCCGGAAAGGUAAUCGAUGCCGCGCACGCACCCCUCUGCCCGCAAGCCAGACGGCAUCAGCAGCGGGAUCAGAAGAGGAAGCCCAGCGUAGAACAGUGUAGCUGUGGCCGGCUCUUCAGGCUGGGAGGAACUGACCGUCCCAGCCCCGGUUCCCUAGGCCCAACGCUUUGACCCAUUACCUGCUGUACCAUGCUAUCUUGUGAUAUUUGUGGUGAAACAGUAACAUCAGAACCAGACAUGAGGGCUCAUCUCCUAAUUGUUCACAUGGAAAAUGAAGUUACAUGUCCAUUUUGCAAGUUGUCAGGUGUGAAUUAUGAUGAAAUGUGUUUUCAUAUUGAAACUGCUCAUUUUGAGCAAAAUGAACUAGAAAGGAACUUUGAGAGGAUUAAUACAAUAAAGUGUGGAACUUCUAAUAACAGGAAGGACAGCACCCUACAGUGUAGAAUGGAAGUUAAUUCAAGUAUUCAUUCAGCUUGUGCAUCUAAUCAUCCGAAAAUUUCAGCUCAAAGCCCGCCUGAGGUUGGUACUUUAAAACAUAAAGGCUUUUAUUCAGAGAACUUAACUGAAUCUAGAAAAUUCCUGAAAAGUAAGGAAAACCAGUCUGACCUAACCAAAACUAAAGGAUCAAUUUAUGAAACAAGGUAUAGUCCUCCUGAAUGUCCAUUCUGUGGAAAAAUAGAAGAUUGUAGUCAAGAUAUGGAAACUCAUGUGAAAACACAGCAUGGGGAUCUUUUAGACACUCCAUUAGAAGACUGUGAUCAGCCACUCUAUGACUGCCCUAUGUGUGGGCUCAUCUGUACAAAUUACCAUAUUCUACAGGAACAUGUUGACUUGCAUUUGGAAGAAAGCAGCUUUGGACAAGGCAUGGACAGAGUCCAGUGUUCUAGAGAUCUAGAAUUGGCUCAACAGCUUCAACAAGAAGAAGACAGAAAGAGGAGAUCUGAAGAAUCAAGACAAGAAAUGGAAGAAUUUCAAAAGCUUCAGAGACAAUAUGGUUUAGAUAAUUCUGGAGGGUACAAACAACAGCAACUACGAAAUAUGGAGAUAGAAGUAAAUAGGGGAAGAAUGCAUCCAUCUGAAUUUCAUAGAAGAAAAGCUGAUAUGAUGGAGUCACUAGCUAUUGGUAUUGAUGAUGGAAAAACAAAAACUUCUGGAAUUAUGGAAGCACUUUGUAGAUAUUAUCAGAAUGCUGCCACAGAUGUGAGGCAUGUGUGGCUUUCUACAGUAGUGGAUCACUUUCAUUCGUCUUUUGGUGACAAAGGCUGGGGUUGUGGUUACAGAAAUUUCCAAAUGCUGCUUUCAUCAUUAUUGCAAAAUGAUGCUUAUGAUGAUUGCUUGAAAGGUAUGUCAGUUCCUUGCAUUCCCAAAAUUCAGUCUAUGAUUGAAGAUGCUUGGAAGGAAGGUUUUGAUCCCCAGGGUGCCACUCAACUUAAUAACAGGUUACAGGGAACAAAGGCCUGGAUUGGAGCAUGUGAAAUAUAUACACUUCUGACCUCCCUAAGGAUAAAGUGCCGUAUCGUUGACUUUCACAAGUCAACUGGUCCUUUGGGUACACACCCUCGCUUAUUUGAAUGGAUUUUGAGCUACUAUUCUUCAGAGAGAGAAGGGAGUCCAAAAGUAGUGUGUACAUCUAAACCUCCUAUCUAUCUUCAGCAUCAAGGUCAUAGUCGAACAGUUGUUGGAAUUGAAGAGAGAAAAAACCGAACAUUAUGUUUACUAGUAUUUGAUCCUGGAUGUCCUUCUCGAGAAAUGCAGAAACUCUUAAAGCAAGACUUGGAAACUAGCAAUCUUAAACAACUUCGGAAAUUUGUGGGAAAUUUAAAACAUAAGCAGUACCAGAUAGUGGCAGUAGAGGGUGUUCUUUCUUCAGAGGAGAAAAUUGCCAGGAGACAAGCUUCUCAAGUCUUUACAGCCGAGAAGAUCCCUUGAAGAAGUAAGCAUUUCAGUGACUGUGGAAUUUUACUUUAUUUUCCAAAUUCAGAUAUUAAACUUCUAAAUACAAUGUAUGAAUCUGUGAAUUCUCUAAAUACUCCAUUUAUAAUUUAAUUUCUCAAAUGUCUAAAUUAUACCUUUAGUACUCCAUUCUUUAGUAAUUAUUCCAAUAAAAUCUUGUUUGCAUUGUG